UCGUGACAUCAUCUGUCAAUACUCAAAACAAACGCAGGACGUAGAAUAAACUUAAAGAAUAAUCUUUUUACAAUUGCACUUUUAUCGUGAAACGAACAUUUUAUUAUAAAAAAAUGGGUGGUAAAAAUAGACAGGCUCAAAGAACCAAAAAUAACGCGAAGCCUUCUAAUAGUGGAAGAAGCGCUGAAUUUUUGAGCAACACUAUACCUCAAUUUUCUGGUUUCACCGGAAUGAAAGAAACUGGAUUAAUUUUUCCGCUAAUGGCCACAGAAGAAAUAGAACUAGGCAUUGAUGCAAACUUCCAGCUGGUAUUCAAGAAAAUGAAUAAAAAAGACAAUACAACUAAGAUAAAAGCUUUACAAGAAUUUGCCGAUCUGGUUAAAAACUCCGAUGCAGAUAUUGUGAAAGCUGUUCUACCUUGUUGGCCUCGAUUAUAUAACACUUUGGCUACGGAUUCUGAGCAUAAAGUGAGGGAAGCAACACAUAUAGCCCACAAUGAGGUCGUGCAAAAAGUGAAAAGGAAUUUGGCCCCUUUUCUGAAAUCUUUGAUAGCUGCAUGGUUCACUUCCCAAUAUGACACUUAUCCUCCAGCCGCAUCGGCCGCAACAUCGUCUUUUAAGAACGCUUUUCCCGAGAAGAAAAUAGAGGAGGUUAUAGUUUUUUGUAACAAAGAGAUAUUAGAUUACAUAUUCGACAAUUUAUUCGUACAGACGACUCAAACUGUAGGCAAUCCUAAACAUAGUACUCCGGAAGAACUUGUGGCUAAACAUGAGAGGGUAUUGAUAUCGAGUUUACACGGAUACUCGUUGUAUUUGAAGAAGAUUCCCAAAGACAAAAUUGAGGAAUCCGCCGAACUCAACAGGAGGAUCAUUAGUAACAAUAAAUUCUGGAAGUAUUCAAAGCAUAAUCUAACGGUUAUUAGGGCAGCUUGGUUCGAAGUUUUGACCGCUCUUUUCGAGAAAGCACCGUUUUUGUUGGAGAAGGAGGAGGGACACGUCGUUUCUUAUACUCUCGGCAGUAUUGACGAGAGCGAUCCUGUAGUGCUACCGUUGGUUUGGCAAAACGUAUUGCUCACCAUAUCGUCUAUAAAAAAUUGGAACUCGAAGGUGAACAUAGACAAAUUGAUGUUGCCAAAACUUUGGAGAGUGCUCAAAGAUGGAGGGCAAGGUAACGCUUCAGUGAUAUUUCCGAACCUUCUACCUCUGUUGUCGAAUAUGAUGGAUAUCGUAGAUGUUAAUACUUUCUACCAUAAUUUCUUUCAAAACCUUUGUUUAGGUUUGAAGCAAAAGACAGUGUUGGCGAGUAAAUCGGAGUCGACAGCCAUAUCGACUUCUUUAAUAGAAUGCAUACGAUACGUCAUAAUGAAAAACGAGUCGAACAUUCCUCUUUGCGAGAAAAUCAUCAAGCUGUAUCUGAUAACGUCCAUCCAUUGGUGUUUGACGGAGUCUCAAGCUUGCUACAAGACGAUUUACAAUCAGACGGCUUCUCUGGUACAAUAUUGGAGCAGGAAUAACGUCCAUGAAAAUUCCAAUUAUUUCAGGUACUUGACGUACUUUUGGGACAAUAUAAACUCCCUCUUCGAAGGGGUUCUGAUCGAUCUGGACUCUUUGAAUUCCGAGAAAAUCUCUUGUGUAUCGGAAAGACAGAUAGAAUUCCUCAAGACCAUGAAGCACACGGCUAAAAUUAAGAAAUCCCUGAAGGUUAAAUUCGAUUCUAACGACCAAACCAUCGAGUCGCAUCACCAGAGUAGUUCGUUUGACCAACUCAACGAAUUCUACACGAAGAGUUUAACAAACGCUGUUCUGAAAAUAUGCAGCACCUACGUUAAACUCGUCAAUGGGAGAAAAUCGAGGGAACUGUUGGAUCAAGUGGCCAUCCUGAUCGACGAAUUCGAUUCGAGGGGUUUCUUCGAUCAAUUAUGCGAGACGAUGGGUAAAGAUGGAAAAAGUAGCGGUGAUGUUGUCUUUGAGAAUCUUUUGAGGAACUGGUUAGGUUGCCACAGUCUACAGUGUAAAUCUCUCGUGCACAUCGUCUUCUUAACCUUCAAAUAUUCGGAAGGCGACGGAAAACGAAUGAUUCUAGAUAGUUUGAGUGAGGUUUCGAACGAGGAAUGUCUUGGUUGGUGUUUGGAGGAAGCGUUGUCUCACCGGUUCAACACGGAACCUCUUAUAAGAAAAUGGUUGAUGAGCGAUAAAGUUUCAAACUUUCUGGUCGGUAUUGUCGAGAAAGAAAUAUCCGAUUGUUGUCCUGCUGAGUUGAGUGCGCUUUUAAAGCUUGCGAUUACUGAAAACGACGAGGAAGAACUCUAUGUGAGCCACGAUGCCAUCUCGAAGAUUUUGGAGAAAUUGAAGCAACCUCUUCUGCGUCCUAAGGAUCAUUUGCAUUCUAUAGAUACUUGCACGAGUUUAGCUUCUUAUUUAUCAGCUGUGAUAUACACGAAGAAUUAUCUUCUAACGUUCACGGAUGAACUGCUCUUGGCGUUGUUUACCCUGUCUUGUGACACCAGCAUCGACACCGAUUAUUUAUCCAGCGAUACAAUCUGGGAGGCUCAAACAGCAUGGCAGGACGCUUUGACCUUACUAUCUAGUAGUCUCCCUGAGGAAGACUUACAAGCCACCAUCGAUAAAAUCGUGUCCUUCGCUCGUGGAUUGCUGGAAGGCGAGGAUGUGGACGAUGAAAAACUCGAAAGGUUGAUCGAAGUCUUGAUCAAUUUAUGUCGGGCUAUUUACAGGGCGACCCCACUUAAAAUGAACGGUAUCUUGAGCAAAUUGUUCGAUAAUAAUUUCAUAUUGGACAGACGCAACUGUUUGAUUAACGUUUGUGAGUGGGCUGAAUAUUUGAAAGGGAGAUUGGCCAGUUGUUACGAGGAGUUUGAGGUUAGGGAAGACGUACAGGUGGGGUGUAAUGAAGGUGCACAAUUCUUCACUUGGGUAUACGUGAAGGUUAAGGUUCUUGUUGCGAGUGUGGAAGAUGCGGACGAUGACGAGGAGGAAGCCGAGCGAAUUGCGGAAAUUUGGUCUGUUCUGGACUCGAGAAUCGAUUGGGUGUCCCAGACGCUGUACGAUUUGGAGCUGGGCAAGUGCUUCAUGAGUAAUUACCAAACGGUCAAAUUUUCUACGAAGAUAGGGGAACUUGUGGAAAAAGCACUUUCCACUUGUGUGGACCAAUUGAAACUUCUAACAGAAAACGAUAGGAAGUCCCUAAGGUUAUCCCUGCAGGAUCAGGCGCGUUCCAAAUCUUGGCUCUGGGCAAGGACGAUCUACACUUUCCAAACUCAGUUGCUAAACGAAGACCCAAUCGUAGUUUACGAUGAUUUAUUGAAAGACGUCACCAUCGAUGACAAACUUUCGGUCGUUCAUGCCACUCAGAUUUUCGCGCGACAUUUAGAUUACGAUUACGUAACGCAUACGUUCGAUGACGUCAGCAGGAUCAUUAUACUCAGGUGUUUGGCGCGUUGUCCGGAAAUUGACGUGCAGAUUGCGGAGGUUAUGUCGACGUUGGACAAGUUGAGGCAGGACGCGGAGAAGUUCAGUUGGGAAAGUUUCAAGUUGGAUUGGCGACCAUAUCAAACCAUUUUAGAGACUGCGAGGUUGUUCAAUGAACUGAUCAAAUAUCAGUUUGAUUCGUUGUCAAGUAAACAGAUUGACCUAAUUGUCAUAAGCAUGACAGAAUGGCUGCAGAGGCUGACGCAAAUAUGCAAAGUAGAGAAGGUCAGACCGAUGAUCAUAGCAGUCACUGAGUUGUAUCAAACCGUCAAGGAAAAAGUAGAUCAGUUGAGGGAGACCGAAAAAUAUGUAACGUGGAUCAAGGAGUGGGACGAUCUGUUUGCCGAGGUAGCUCAGAACGAUUUGGUCAAGUUGUGGCUCAGUUUAUCAGGUCAUUUCAAGGAGAUGCAGCGGUCUUUACCCAUCAAAGAAUUACCUACCUUGUACAACUUCGCGUCCAUGACCAGUUGCUUCGACCAUAGAAUCAUAUUCAAGAAAUCGGUGGAGAUGCCGUCGAGGAGGUCUAAACUUCUCAAGGACUCUUGCGAAUUGUUGACGAGUACCUCUACAACUCUGCAACUGGCUGGAUAUAAAACUUUGCUGAGUUUAAUACCCGGUUUGGUUGAAAUAGAUUCGGAGGCUGUUGAUACUAACACUCCAAAUAAAGACGGAUUGGUAUUUGAAAUGUUCAAGGGUAUUUGCCUAUCUACGCAGGAUAUCGUCAGUACCAUGCUCCUAGAUUUGAAGUUAGGAGAGGACAGUUGCCGCGUGGAACCAUUCACCGAUUCCUACAAUUACACCCUCGCCUAUUUACUGAUAUGGGACAUAAUGCUAUGUCUUUGCGAAAACGCUUCCAUGGAAUUAAAAUUCCAAUACGCCGAUUGGUUGAAGCAAGAAGAUAUAUUGAAAAGUCUGUUGGAUAACUUGUUCCGUUUGAUGCCGAUUGAGAUCCUCCACCAAGCCGAAUCCAAGAAUUUGUACCACGCCGAAUGGUUCUCUUCGAGGGUUCAAUUUGACGCCGGAAAAAUUUGUAGUAGUGCCGAGUUGGAACAUAUGGUUUGUUGGAUUUAUCACUCGGCAGUGUCUCAGCUGCCCGCUCUGGUCCGUCAGUGGUGGACGGGCGUGGACGCUAGGAUAGCGCAAAUCGUGGAGAGGAUAACGUCGACUUACGUUUCGCCACUGUUGUGUAACCGCGAACUGAAGGAUAUAACGCAGCACGAGAAGACGUUCAAGAAUAUGACGGUUAAAGUUCUGCCAACGGUCAGGGAAGUCGUUGCCGUUUAUACAGUGGACGAUUCACAGAUGGAGCUCGUUAUAACUCUGCCUACGAACUAUCCUCUCGCCGGUCCGGACGUUCACUGUAACAGACAGAUUGGUGGUACUUCCCACAAGCAGUGGCUUAUGCAAUUCAAGAAAUGCGUCCUUCAUCAGAACGGUAGAAUCUGGGACGGGCUGUCGUUGUGGAACAAUAAUUUGGACAAAAAAUUCGACGGGGUGGAAGAAUGUUACAUCUGUUUCGCGGUCCUGCAUCCCGGUACUUACCAGUUGCCCAAGUUAUCAUGUCAGAUGUGCAAGAAAAAAUUCCAUUCGGCUUGUUUGUACAAAUGGUUCAGCACGAGUAACAAGAGUUCGUGUCCAAUUUGCCGGAAUUUGUUCUGAACGGGAUGAAAAAGAUUUUAUCGAUAAAUUUUUUAAUUUACUACCGAUGUAUAUAAGGAGUUAUAAGAUUAUUCACACUUGUUGAAGCUUAUUGAUUUUAAUUUACAAUAUAUAUUUUUUAUAAAAAGUUAA